ACAACUACAGCGAAGAGAGUAUUUGUGAAUUGAAAGAGCUGAUCAAAAGCUGCGUCGGGCUUUCUUUUGAUUUCAGCAAAAACAGGUUUUACUCAAGAUUGUAGACGUCUAGAUUCGCGUGUACAUGCUUACAAAAUUCAAAAUGUUUCCUCUUUUGGAAUUUGAUAUUUGCAGGAUCUUUUGGAAGGUAUUGUUUCUGGCUGUGUUGAUUCCGUUUUUUGGUGUUUCUCAGUUGGCUGAGAACCAGGAUACAACUCAAAUAAUUGUCGUUCAAAAAGUUUCAUCUUGUCCAGUCACGAAGGAGAAAUGGAUAGAAGAAAGAAAAGCAAAGAACUGCAGCUCAAUAAACGUAACAUUAAAGUACCACUGUCUUCUGAACCAUUGGAGAAAUCAAUCCUUUGUACUGUGUGGAGAAGAUACAGACAUAAUUGGGUUCUUUUGUCCGGAGUACGAUGAAAGAAGAGGCAAAAUUCAAGAAAACCAGGACUUAAAAUGCAUACAGUUAAACACUCCCUGCCCCAUCAAGUACAAUUCAUCCGAUGUUUACAAAUAUACUGCUUGCAUCAAUACAAACAUUACCGGCACAUCAAACCCACCAAAAAAGGAUAAUAUCGAUGGAUACAUAUUCUGGUUCGUCGCGUUGACAGUGUUUAUCAUAGUCAUGAUAUUCCUCUUGUUCUUUCUGAUUAGAGCGAGACUAAAGCGAGGAUAUAAAUGCUGCACAUUCAAAGGAGCUAAUAUAACAAGAAUCUAA